AUGAAGUGGGUGAUCCUUGCGCUGGUUUGUCUCCAGCUCUCAGAGGGCUUGGUCAGAGUCCCUCUGAAAAAAUUCAAAUCUAUUCGAGAGACAAUGAAAGAGCAAGGAGUUCUGGAUGAAUUUAUGAAAACACACCAGAGGGAUCCUGCCAUGAAAUACAGCUAUAAUCACAAGUAUGAUUUUGCUGUGGCUUAUGAGCCUAUGUACAUGGAUGCUUGUUAUUAUGGACAAAUCAGUGUUGGGACACCUCCACAGAACUUCAUGGUACUUUUUGACACUGGCUCAUCCAACCUCUGGGUUGCUUCCACUUACUGUCAAAGCCAAGCUUGUCAGAACCACCCACUGUUCAACCCAAGCCAGUCUUCCACAUAUACAUCUAAUAAUCAGCAAUUCUCCAUGCAAUAUGGCAGCGGGAGUCUCACUGGUGUCUUUGGCUAUGAUACUGUGACAGUACAAGGUUUGACCAUCACAAAUCAGGAGCUUGGCCUGAGCGUCAAUGAACCAGGUACCAACUUUGUGUAUGCAGCAUUUGAAGGAAUCUUUGGAAUGGCAUACCCUGCCCUUUCUGCAGGCAGAGCGACCACUGCUAUGCAAGGCAUGCUGCAACAAAACCUACUCACUUACCCUAUAUUCAGUGUCUACAUGAGUAGUCAAUCAGGAGAGGUGAUUUUUGGUGGCGUUGAUAGCAACUUGUAUUCAGGACAGAUAAACUGGGCACCUGUCACUCAGGAGCUGUACUGGCAGAUAGCCAUUGAUGAGUUUUCCGUCAAUGGACAGGCGACAGGAUGGUGUAGCCAGGGCUGCCAAGCCAUGGUGGACACCGGGACCUCUCUCCUGACUGUACCCCAACAGUAUAUGGGAACUCUGCUGCAGUAUCUGGGAGCUCAGCAAAGCCAGAAUGGAGAGUUCCUGGUCAACUGUAAUAACGUGCAGAGCCUGCCUCCCAUCAGCUUCACCAUCAACGGAGUCCAGUUCCCUAUCCCUCCCUCUGCCUAUAUUCUCCAGAAUAAUGGAUACUGUACUGUUGGGGUAGAAGUGACUUAUCUGCCAUCUCAAAAUGGUCAGCCCUUCUGGAUUCUGGGUGAUGUCUUCCUUCGGCAGUACUACUCUGUCUAUGAUAUGGGCAACAACAGAAUGGGCUUUGCACAGUCUGCGUAGACAACCCCAGAGCUGAGCUGUGUCAACUUAAUAGAACAUUAUAAUGAUUUCAUCCUAAAGAGUUAGCAACUCCAUUCCAGCUAAUGUUACGAUCUACUAAUACUACACUAAUACUACACUGCAACAUAGAACAGAUAUAUCACUUAGUGUUAGAUACUAAUGAAGGCAAACUGAAGAGAAGGAAAGGGAUACUGAUGAUUAAUUAAAGAAAGAGAAGCACUGAAGUGAACUAUAACAGUUUAGCUGGAUAUCGUUAUAUUGUAUUCCAUCAUUUAUUGUACGUGUAGUAUUUGGAGGUCAGGUGGGUCCAUACUUGUGUCAGAUCAGCUAGCUGAAAUAAAACCU